UUGUGGCCCGGAGGUCUCCGCUGAGGUCCUCCAGCUGCAGCAGCAGCAGCAGCCGCUCGGGGCCGAUGGCGGCGCGGCCUCGGGCCGGGGAUUGAUGUUCGCCCGGAGGGAGAGUGAAGGCGGCCCGGGGCCGGGGCCAUGAGUAAACAGGAGGAGGCGGACAGGACAAUCUUCGUGGGGAACCUGGACAGUAACACCCGGGAGGAGAUUCUGUUCGAGCUCUUCCUGCAGGCUGGACCUUUGACAAAGGUGCACAUAGCUAAAGACAAAGAUGGCAGGCAGAAGACCUAUGGGUUUGUCUGCUUCAAGCACACCGAGUCCGUUCCAUAUGCCAUCACCUUGCUAAAUGGAAUCCGAUUAUAUGGCAGACCGCUGAAUCUGCAGUUUCGCUCUGGGAGCUCCCACACAGUGGAACCAAGCACAGCACACUUGGGAAUGGAAAACACUCCAUGCCGAGCAACACAAGAGAGCUUCAGGACCUCUCCAUUCCAAGACAGACCAGGUUCUUCGCUGUAUCCAACUCCGCCAUACUCCAUGAACAACCACUUCAACCCUGACCCUUACUACUGGCAAACUAUGAUGAACACGUAUGCCCUGCAGCAGUACCACAUCAAUUCUCAGCUGGUUCAGCAGCAGCAAUACUAUCAGGCAAUGGCACAAGUGGGCCUCCCACCUCAGAUGCCCCAUUUCGACCCGAUGUCAGAGUAUAUGUCCAGGUCGCAUCAGCCUGCGUGGGAAAAUCGUCUACAGAGGGACCCAGCCCUUGGGAACUGCUCCAGCAGUGGUGGAGGAGGGCAGGCGAGGGAAUCAGACAGCGACAGUGACAACAGAAACAUGGAAAAGCUCCAGACAACCAGCAAGCAGCGGAGCCGUCAGUACAAAAAGCACAAAUCCAAAAAGAAGAAAUACUGAUAAGAGAGAGGGUGGGAGUAGGUUGAGCUCAGAGUAGAGGCUCUUACCUUUGACCUCUGGUGAAGAUGUGUGAAAGACCUGGCGGAAAUAAGACCAGUUUUGUAAAACUAGACAAGAAACAUAUCUUGACACGUUCAGGUGACAAGUUGGAUUGUACGCUCAAAUCCAUAAGCCUGAUGUAAGAUUAUGUAGGUGGAGGAUGUGGUCCUGAGAAUAUUGGUGUCACAAAAGGGGAUUAAUGAUGAUAGAGUUAUCACAGAGAGUUGAGUAAAGUAUUUAUUUAUGGGUGUCUGAAGCAUUUCAUGAACACUCCACUCAUACUGUGAAAUACUUUUAAUGUCACUUGCAAAGUUGGGAUGUAUGUGGAGAGAAGCUUUAGAACUUUUUGCAACUGGAGUACCCUUUUUGCUGGUUCCAGCUCUCUUCACACCGGCAACAUUACGAAUGGGAGCAAUUUGAACUGAUGAGUUAAGUGCAUUAGGUCACUUUAUACUUCAUUGGUUUUAGUUUAUGAUUGAAUGAUAUGUAACUAAUUAUUGCACUUGGGACCCCUAUAUGGUAGACUCACCUGUAAUUUUGCUAUUGGUGGGAGCUGUGUUUGAGGGUGGCAUGGUUGAGUGAAUUGGCCGUACUCCAAGCCACAAUGCCUUCGACUGCUUGUUCCUGCUGUGAAGAUGGGAAUACCAAUAAAUUCAUAGCUGGCUAA